ACAUGACCAUUCCAAUAAUAUUCGCCAACUCACAACAAAAGUUUUUCUGCAUUUUAAUAUGGAUUUAUCAGGUAUUGUGGGCAUUGGUGAUAGUGAAGAUUUAAAGACAACUGAAGGGAUUGACAGACUAUGUGAAAGAAUCACUGAACGUGAAGCACAAAUUAAUGAAACAUUAGAAAAUUUAUUGUCGAAAAGAUUCAAUUUAGAAGCACGAUUAAGAAAUUGUUCAACUAAACAUCAGCAAAUCUUGAAAGCAUCUGUGAGUGAUGACUCUAAAAAGCUUGCUGAAAUGAUAAGUCACACCGCCGAUCUCGCAGAGAAAGUUAGUGCAAAAGUUCGUCGUCUGGAUGUUGCAAGAAUGCGGGCAUCGGAAGUUCAAUGUCGUGUUCAUGAUCUCAUAGAUCUUCAGCUGUGUAGUCAAGGUGUCAUGUUAGCCAUUAAAGAAGAAAAUUAUGAGAAAGGUGCUGCUCAUGUUCAACGAUAUUUAGCGAUGGAUAAGAAAUUGUUGGAGAAAACUGCUGACGAUGUUUCCUCAAUGACUUCAGUGAAUAAAGCUGUUGACACUCUUGAGAAAGCUGCCAAAGAGAUGAGGGAAAUUGUUAAAGUUAAACUUGAUGAAGCCAUCAAGAAAGACGAUCUCGCGUCAGUCGAAAGAUUUUUCAAAAUUUUCCCUCAACUGGGAAUGCACGACGAGGGAAUUGCAAAAUUCACUUCAUACGUUUGUUCAAAACUAACAACAAAAGCGCAAAAGGAAUUGAGGCAAUCAAUGGACAUCGCAAAAGCUGAGAAACGAACGAACGUUGCUUAUGCCGACACAUUUACAGUUUUAUUAGAAAAUGUUUUAAGAGUAAUUGAAGUCAAUCAGCCUAUAAUUGAAAGUUAUUAUGGAUUCGGACAUUUGUUGAAGAUGGUGAAGCUUUUACAAGUUGAAUGCGAUGAUGAGACAAGAAAACUUGUCCAGGAUUUCAAUAAUCAAAGAAAGAUUCAAAGAAAAAUCAACCAAAUAAAUGAUUUCAUGAAAAGUCAAUCAAGCAGCUCAACGAGCACACUUGGUCAUCUAAGGAAAGCUUCUGGAAGUAUGGAUAAGUUGAAUGCAAAGGAUUUAGAUGCACUUAUUGCUGAAGUGACAAUAAUGCAUUCAAGAGCUGAACUUUAUGUGAAAUUUAUUCGACGUCGUGUAACGCAAGACAUUGAGAAAAGCAGCAUGUCAGGUGAAGAUAAGAAAUCAAACAUGGAAUCACUUGAAUCAAUGAUUAAAAAGUCACAAUUAAGCACACAAAUGCAUGAAUUACUCAGCACUUAUCUGCUUUUUGAAAAAUAUUUCAUGGAGGAAAGUGUCGUGAAAGGAAUCGCUUUGGAUGCUUUCGAGACGGGACAACUUUAUUCGAGUAUGGUUGACGAUGUCUUCUUUAUCGUACGUAAAUGUAUUCGACGAUCAAUUGGAACACAAUCGGUUGAUGGAAUUUGUGCUGUCAUUAACAAUGGCGCUUCAUGUCUUGAACAGGAAUUUAUUAAUUCACUUAAAAGUCCUUUGAAAGCUGGUUAUCCUUCAGGUUACAUCGAUCUUGCACAAGCUUACAAUGCUUUUCAAAGCAGCAUUCAGCAAGGAAAGAUUCAAACGAGUGACUCGGAAGUGGCACGAACAAAGUUCAUCAUCACUUUGAAUAAUGCUGACAAAUCAACUGAAUACAUUGAGACACUUCACAUCAACAUGGGUGAAGAGAUAAAAAUUUCAUUUCCAACGAUGUCAGCUCAUAAGAAAGAAAUGAUUGACAGUUGUUUGAGUGGAUUAAGAAAUGUCGGCGAUUCGUUGAAAGCUGUCAUUGAGUUUGGAAUGCAACAACUUCGUUCAAGUGCACUUAAGCCAAGAUUGAAUCCGUGGAUUGAUCAAUUUCAAUCUUACAAUCAUAUGAUGACAGAAGAAGAACUUGCAGCUUAUGAAGCUGGUGAAACUUUCAUUCAGUUCUUGAUCGUACAACUUGAUUCGCUUUUAAAUUCAUUCAAAAAGAAUCUCAGUGAAAGGAAUUAUGAUGUGCUUGUGAGCAUGUUGGCGAUAGAUGUGACGACGAGAUUUGAAAGAUCGAUUAAGAAGUCAGGUUUUAAUCGUCUUGGUGGUUUGGUUCUCGAUCAAGAAGUGCGAGCACUCGGAAGCUUUCUAACAGCAGCUACAAGCUGGACAGUUCGUGAUAAAAUGGCGCGACUCACACAAAUUGCAAUUAUUCUUAAUCUUGAGAAAGUUACAGAACUUUCAGAGUAUUACGAUCCGAAAAGUCAAAACGAUUGUGGACCAUUCACAGCGUGGCGUUUGACACCAAACGAGAUCAGAACGAUUUUGAAAUUGAGAACUGAUUUUAAGAUCGAAGAUAUCAAGAAGCUCACGCUUUAAUCAUUAAUUAAAUGUUAUUUAAAAAAGAAAAUUUAUAUCGAUAAUAAACUCGCUUUGAAAAACAA